AUGGAAAUUCAGAUGCAAAAUACUAUUAAUGAUAUUUCUCAUAUUUAAGAUACUAACAAUUCUUAUAAAAGAGGAUUAGACUUAGAUCGACAACAAUAGAAAGGAAUUGGAAAAAAGCAAAGAGCUUCUACUAUACUGAUUGCAAAUAAUAAUAAAUUUAGAAAGGAAUCAUAAAUGAUUGAUUUAUAAAAAGACCCUUUAUAUCCAAGUCUCCCAAAUUAUAUUACAGAUUCCAGCACAAAAGGAGCUCAUGCAAAUGCUCUUAAUUUUACUUAAACGAUUAUUAUUCCAAACGAUAAUGUAUCUCAAUAAUAAAAUAAUCAACAAUUUUAAAGAUUACUGGAUGAAGAAAGAGAGGCAGAAGCAGCUGUUAGAAGAAAACCGCGUUCAUAGUCAAUGAAAUAUUUUAACACAACAAUAUCGAAUGAAUCUGAUGAAUAUUUUAAAGAAGAUAAAGACUCAAUGAAAAAUAGCUAGCAAAAAUCAUCAGAGUUGGGAUAAGUUGAUCUUGGUUAAAUACUAUAAAGUAAAGAUGGUGUAAUACCUGAACAACCUCCAGAAUAUGAAAUGAGUCCUGGGAAAAGAAAAAAAAACUCAUAAAAUGAUUAAGAAAAAAAAAAGGAAAGCACUCCUUUUGUGACAGAUAAAGAGAUUAAAGAUCCACCUAGAGAUUUGAUUUUUAGAUGGAAUUAAUUUCUUGAAUUCUUGUUUUAUCAUAUUAUUUAUUAUAUGUUUGGCAGCAUCAUAGGAUUACUUAUAUUAGCGAUUAUUCUUAAACGAAAGAAUAUAAGAACUCUUCGAAAUCUAGGAUUUUAUGGUAUAAAAUAAAUCUAAAAAUGGGAAUUGGUUUUCUCUAAUUUAUUUUUUUCAACAUUUGUACUCAUGAUUUACUACAUAAAAACCUUAAGUAAAGUUUACAUUGUAGAAAUAGUUCUUCUAUUUAUAGUUUUAAUACAAAGGGCCAUAAUUAUUACAGUCAAAUAUGGAUUUAUGCUUCCUCAAAAAUUUCAAAUUUACAAAACAAAAAUUUUAACGAGAGAUCAAAUUAUGACUGAGUUCUUACUUGGAGAGUGGACAGAAGAAAAGGAUAAGGUAAUAGAUAAAGAAUUAAAUUUAGCUAUGAGUAGACUUGAAAUUGAAAAGUCGUCUUUUUAUUUGUGCUUUAUCGUCUAACCCUCUGAUGAUAAAUUAAAAGAACUUUUAAACCCUAAUUCAUAAUCAUACGGGAUCGGUGAUCUUGACUUUUAAAAUAACCCAUAUGGACCAAAACUAAUAAAAGUACUUAUAAAACACUUUAAUGAAAAUAAUAGUUUUAAAAAAUAUGAAUAUUUCAGUAUCUUUGUAUCCUUAGUUAAGCAAGUUAUUUUCCUGAGCUUGAAACUUCUUACUCCACAGUUUACUGAUCAAUGCAUAUCGAAUUGUGUUUUUGAAUAUUUUAUCCUUUUCUCAAAUGCACUAUCUGAUUAUUAUUUAACUUAGACUUUUAUCAUGUUUACAGCUAUUUCUUAACGCCAUCUCAAAAGAAUAAUUUAUGUCAUGAAUCAGCUUUCACAUAUGAUUUCAGCAAAAAAAGUAGAAGAAUAUGAAGAGAAGAAGCUUUAUCCUACUCUUAAUCUCACAUCAGAUCUCUCAAUUAGAAGUUGGUUUCAUCUCAGAAACCUUACUCUGGAUUUUGGCUAAAAAUUUUACAAAAGAAUUGAAUAUAUCAUUUCAUUUUUCUUUCUCUUUAAUUUUAUUUUCAUGGCAAUCAUUUUUUUGAUAAAUUUUAACAUUAUACCAAAUCCUGGGAUGAAUGUAAACCUUUACUUUAAGCUAUACUCUAUUUACUGCUCUUUUUGGUUAAUUCUAUUAAUGUGGGAUAUACGCCUUGGUGCUGAAAUAAAUAAACACUUUAAAAUACACAAGCUCUUUCUUAUGAAAAACUUGAGUAUUAUUGAAGAUAUCUGUUCUAAUUACUUUUUAUACUUUGAUCAAAAUGCUUAAUGUGAAAAUUUUAUGUACCGAGAACUUGUCAAAUAUUUUAAAGAAACUCACAAAGAUGUAGAUUUUAGUAUUAUGGCAAAUGUCGUUCAUCAUUUAAGACCAAUUCUAAACUCACUAGAAGGAGGAAUAGAAUAAAUUGAAUUCUAUGAAAAAUAUAAACCUUUUAAAAUGAUGGGUAUUCCAGUAUCAAAUAACCUCUUAGCAAAAUUAAUACUUUUCAUAAUCUCCUUAUGUGGUUCUGUUCUAGCUUCAAUGUACCUAAAAUGA